AUGACGGAUUUUGAGCCGCGGCAACAGAAGCCGGAAUCGGCUGAUGCGUGCGGUGAUUUCGAGAGUGGAUAUGAGGAAUUCAUGCGUGGGCACUUGGAUGAAUGUAUGUCAUUUGCUUCAUGUAGCUCUCCUCGGAAUCCUGAUGAUGAGGACGACGACGGUGAACAGCUUGUUCGGAGGAGAAGGAGGUUGGAUUUGGAAGGUGAUGAUUUGGCGGAAUCGUCUGCUGCGCGGCGCCACCACUCAAGGAUUUUGACCCGCUGGGCGGCGCGGCAGGCGCAGGAGAUGAUAACUACAAUUGAGAGGAGGAACCGGGAGUCGGAGUUGAUGGCACUUGCGGGAUUGCAUACGGUUUCGAUGCUCGAUUCCUCCUUCUUGAGGGAGUCACAGUCCCCGACGUCGAGGAGGCAGGGGACUGUGGAGAGGCCGAGCACUCAGGCUUCUACGAUUUUGCAAAUGUGGCGGGAGCUGGAGGAUGAGCAUUUGUUAAAUAGAGCACGUGGGAGGGUGAGGGAGAGGUUGAGGCAGCAGAGGAGUGUGGAGGCUAAUACUAAUGAGCUAAGGACGAAUAGGUCUGAUAGUCGGGGGAGUGAGAACCGUGGGAGUUUGGUGGAUGCGACUGAGAGUGAGAAUGAGUAUGGGGCAUGGUCCCAUGAUCAGAUGGGUUCACAAAAUGAACGAGGUGAUAAUAAUGCGUCUAGCAGGGAGCAAUCUCCUGAUCUUGGUGAAGUUGAGAGGGAGAGAGUGAGGCAGAUCGUACGGGGAUGGAUGGAAACUGACAUUAGUGAUCAUGCAUCCAAUGUUGCUCAGAGAAGUAGUAGUCCUAGGGCAGAGUGGCUUGGUGAGACAGAGCGGGAAAGGGUGAGAAUUGUCCGGGAGUGGGUGCAAAUGGCUAGUCAGCAGAGAGGAGGUCGUGGAGCCCGACGGGAAGAUCAGGUCACCAGUGAUAGUGCUCAAGUUGGCGGAGAACGUGAUGGUUCAGCAGCUGACCAAGAGGAGAGCCAACCAGAGCACAUUGGCCGGGAUAUGUUGAGGUUGCGUGGAAGACAGGCUAUAAUUGAUUUGCUGGUGAGAAUUGAGAGGGAAAGACAAAGGGAGCUCCAAUCUUUGGUGGAGCAUCGAGCUGUCUCUGAUUUUGCUCAUCGCAAUCGCAUUCAGUCCUUACUCAGAGGUAGAUUCUUGCGAAAUGAAAGGCCUAUUGAAGAAGGAAGACCUACUUCUGUGGCUGCGGGUGAAUUAGUUCAAUUGAGACAGCGACACACUGUUUCUGGUUUAAGGGAAGGGUUCCGCUCCAGAUUAGAAAAUAUAGUUCGUGGUCAAGUUGACGGCCAGAUUGAUUCUCCGACUAACAGUAAUGUCAAUGAUUCUAGAAGCGAUCAUCCCCAAUCAAAUGCUUCUCAAGGUAUUCAACAGGAAAGUCAUGAGCAAUCCCAGCUUGGGAGCGAGGGAGGUGACGGUCAGUUUCCUAAUCAGUUGGGGAACUUGGAAAAUGACACAGCUGUUGGGCGACUUGAUUGGCAAGAAACUGCUAAUCAAGGGGGGAAUUGGCAGGAACCAAUUGCUGAAGAUGAGGGACGGAACUGGGAGCAGACAACUUUUGAUCAAUUUAACGAUUGGAGGGAAGGUAAUGCUGAAGAUAUGGUUGAAAAUUGGCAAGAAACGUCUGUGAAUAAUUGGCCUCAGGGAACUCCCAGAAAUGCUGAUGAAGAAACAGGUCAUCAACAAGAAGCUCAGGGUACUUGGCGUACAAACAGUUCUCGGGGAGCUGUUGAGAAUUGGUCUGAAGGGCCUUCAGGCCCUGUGAGAAAUCGUCGUUCUGCCUCAAUUAGAAGAUUCAACAGAUUUAAUCCACCAGAUGAUGAUACUGUGUACAGUAUGGAACUUAGGGAACUUCUUAGCAGAAGGAGUGUUUCAAAUCUUCUUCGUAGUGGAUUCCGUGAAAGUCUGGACCAGCUGAUACAGUCAUACGUUGAAAGGCAAAGUCGUGCUCCCAUUGAUUGGGAUUUGCAUAGGACCUUGCCAACACCAACUCCGGCUUCACCAGUGCAGGACCAGGACCAACAGAGGGAUGAGCUGAAUGGAGAUCAGCAAGAUGCCAUUAACAGACCUUCACGUGUUCUACCACCUCCACCGGUUCCCCCACCACAACCAAUAUGGCAUCAGGACUUACAUAACACUGGCUGGUCUCGCCAUAGCAUGCAUCGUUCAGAAAUUGAAUGGGAGAUGUUUAAUGAUCUCAGGUCAGAAAUGGCAAGACUCCAGCAAGGCAUGAGCCACAUGCAAAGGAUGUUGGAGGCCUGCAUGGAUAUGCAAUUGGAGUUGCAACGUUCUGUCAGACAGGAAGUGUCGGCAGCUCUCAAUCGGUCAUCUGGUGAAAAAGGGUCAAGUGCUGAGACAUCAGAGGAUGGUUCUAAAUGGGGUCAUGUAAGAAAAGGAACUUGUUGUGUUUGUUGUGAUAGUCACAUCGAUUCUCUCUUGUAUAGAUGCGGGCAUAUGUGUACAUGUUCAAAAUGUGCAAACGAAUUGGUUCGUGGUGGAGGCAAGUGCCCACUUUGUCGAGCGCCUAUAGUUGAGGUGAUCCGUGCAUACUCAAUACUGUAAAAAGGAAAAAUAACUUUAAAUAGGAAAGGGGAAAAUUCAGAAGGAAUAAAAGUGAAUAGAAUGAGUGGAGGAUCGGAGGGAUGGAGUGGUUGUACCUUAUAUAGGGAGGCUUCCGUGGUCCUUUGUUUUCUGUAGUUUGCCAGUUGUUUUUCUGAUUAUAUAUGUAAAAAUGAUGCUUGUAUAAUUGGAAUAACAAAUGGCUCACUUUUGAUUCAUCAUUCUUGGGUAAAUAAUAUCUUCUCAUG